CUGCGGCGCCUACUAGUCAACUACUAAGCUACGAAGCUACUACCUAAACUACAAGUCGACUAUUUUUUUGUCCCCCCCCUUAUUUUUUCUUUGUUCGCUUCUUUUAAUUGUUCUUGCCCAUUAUCCUCUUCUUCUUACCUUGACCAUACCAUCCAUAUCCGCUUCCUUUGAGCUUGUACGGUGAUCAUGAAGCGCAUCUUCAACUCUAUCAGCAAGCGGUCUAGUCCGACGCGCCCCAGUCUUGCAACAACUACAGCUUAUCCAGAUGACUCGCCUGAGGGGAUCAUUCUGCGAGAAGUGACCGCAUUUUGCGAAGAAGGUGCGAACAGUGUUGGAAAUGAGUACGUCCAUCUGCCGGGCAUCGUCGAAAACGCCGAGUCGAGCCCCAACGCAGCUCGCGAAGCCGGAUUGCUGAUCCGCAAGAUCCUGUCGGAACCUUCGAAGCAACCCACUCAUGUGCAGUACAAUGCCAUCAUGCUGAUUCGCAUCCUCGCCGAUAAUCCGGGCCAUACAUUCUCGCGCAACAUCGACGCCAAGUUCGUUGCUACGAUCAAGGACCUCUACAAACAGGGCAGGGAUCACCGCGUUCACGGCUUUCUGAGAGAGACCCUGGAUGCUUUGGAGUUGCAGCGGUCGUGGGAUGAAGAUCUCAAGCUUCUUUUGCAGAUGUGGAGCGCCGAGAAGGCUAAAAACAACAGCCGACCUAACGGGUUGCGUGCUAGCCGGAGUUCAUCGCAAGUGCGGGCGCCUCUACUGAGUCAGAACCACUUUGCUCCUCCAAGACAACAGAACACGCUCCCACAGCCUGAGGAGCUUGCUGAGCGCAUUUCCGAAGCAAAGACUUCGGCGAAAUUGCUCACGCAGUUUGUCCAAUCCACCCCUCUCGCAGAGUUGCUCGAGAAUGAUCUCAUCACUGAAUUCUCCGACCGAUGUCGCACGGCGUCUCGCGUGAUCCAGAACUAUAUCCAUGCGACGAACCCAGCGCCCGAUGAGGAUACGUUGUUGACACUGAUUCAAACCAACGACGAACUCACUGUGGCUCUGUCAAAUCAUCAGCAUGCCCUGCUUCGGGCGCGUAGAUCGCAGGGCCCAAGCGGUAGCCAGUCUCCGGCAACAUCAUCCAACAACGAGACUGUAGCGUCUGGUGCUGUGCAACCACACGCAGCACCUCCAGUACCACCCAGAGAGCCGCAACGUACCUUCUUGCCAUCUUCUGCCUCGGAACCAGUGAUGCCUGGCCCUUCGGGGCCGUCUAGCAACAACGGCGGUUGGAACGACCAACGGUCGGGAGGUAGCGAGGACCAAGACCCGUUCGCAGAUCGCCACACCACUACCACCGCCGGCCCUUCAACGUAUGGUGAGCCGAGGUUGGACGGGCCGAGCAGCGACUGGUGGAAGGAAGCACAACAGCGGCCAGGCCAGCAUUCUUAACGCCGCCCC